GGCAUUCCUGCAUUUUAGUGCCCAUUUUCUUUGUGUCUACAUGUUGCCUCCAUGCUAACAAAACACCCUGUUGAGACUUAUUUCCGCCUGUGCUAGAAAUGAGAAGUGCUGGAGGAGGGGAGGAGGGCACAAGGGCUGCGCCAGCAUGUCCCAUUGCUGCUUGCUCACAGCAGAAAAUCCUUUCACCUGCCAGGAGCUAUCAUUAGACAAGGCAACACUGGAUUUUUUUGACCCUGAAAAUGAACUUUAGGAGGAUUUUCCUAGUCAAGUGCUUGCUGCUUUUAUUUCCCAGUGUAAAAUGUUCCAGCACCAGCUUGAUUUACAAGGCAGUGAAUGAGACAGCUCUUCUCAGCAUCACUGCUCCUGGGAGCAUCUAUGAGGCAACAUGGACGAAAGGUGGACAAAGGUUGGUUCAGAUCAAAAAUGACAGAACUAGACACUAUGUGAACAAGGACCAGUGCAGGUGUGCGAUGCUGCGAAAUGGGACUCUGCAAAUCCAGCGCCUGGAGAAAGCGGACAGCGGAAACUACACGGUGCUGGUUUAUCAGCAGGAUGGAAGAUUGAAGGCAGAAGAAAAUAUAAUGUUCUUUGUUCAGGAGCCUGUCCCUCAGCCAAUCCUCAAUGCUGAAUGCAGGAAUAAAAGUGUAUCUGUCAAGUGUGAAGUGAAACAGAAGGCUAAGGAUGAAGCCUUUCUAAUAGAACUGACUCAACCCACUGGCAAAAAGAUCCAAAAGAAUGCAACAACGUUGGAAUGGCACGGGCGGAAUUCUGGGAUGUUCAGAUGUGUUGUUAAGAACCAAGUCAGUGAAAAAAUGACCGAAAAAGUAAUUAAGUGCCCAGGCAAGCUGGACUUUUAUCUCAUCUUAAGCAUAGCAGGAGGUGCAGUCUUCUUUGUCAUCCUUGUGAUUUGUCUUAUUUAUUGUAUUAGAAGGAAGAAAACAAAAAGGCAUGAAGAUUAUGAGGAGGAGCGAGUGAUGCAGACUCUGCCCAUGGACCGCGAGAAGGGGAUGCGGGAGCUGCCUCAGACUCCGUCCACGCCCACCCCGAGGCAGCUGCGAGUGCAGCAGCGGCCGCUGCCGCAGCCCCACGGGCCGCAGCAAGCGCUGCCCCCGCAGCCCCGGCCGCAGCCCCGGCCACGGCCCCGCACGCAGCCACGGACUCCGAACCUCCCGAGAGAAAGGCCUUGAGCAGACAUCCUGGCAGGAGGGAUUGUUGGUCUCUCUGCUCCACCGUUCACUGGGAAAAGAAAGUUUCUGACAGCCAGGAGCCCCUCCUGCCCAGCCCUGCCUAACGCUCAGCUAUGAAACAGCAGCUUUCGUUGCAGAAAAUUAGAGAGCAUCAAAUGGAGACGAAGAGACCCAGUGGAGGAGAUUCAAGGUGAUGGGCAUUCAUCCCUGUGGCCAUUUUUCUUCGGGUGUCUUCAUGUUAGGAUAUGGAGCAUUGAGCCUUGAAACCUGUGUCUUUCUGUGGUUCACUUGUUUUUACCGCACCUUGUUGUCUUCGUGCUUUUUGGAUGGUUUACACCAAGAGGAAGCUAAAGCUCAACUGAGACAAAAUGGACUUCUGGAUCUUACAGGGUUUUAUCUCCUGCUACACAUUAGGACAGCUCUCUGGCUUCAGCACCAAAUACAUGGCCUCCUGGACCAAAAAGUUGUUGUAUGUAAUUAAAUAUUUGUCUGAAGUUGAAAGGAUUUGUGUUGUAUAAUGCAGAGAAGAAAAUAUUGAAAGGAUGUGUGAGAGCCUUGAAGCACCUGUGUGGGAAAAACACAAAUGGGAAAGGAAUAAAUGUCUCCCUUUUCCCACUGUGUUUAGAAAAGAAACUGUGGGAUUAAAUUGCAGCAAGGGAGAGUUAGGUCAGGUUUGGUUUUUUUGGGUUUUUUUUAAUCAAACACUGAGAUUUCUGGGAGAGUUUCUUCAGCACUGGGGUUUCAAAGGGUGGAUGAGACAACAUUCUAUGAAGCCUCUUUAUCCUGCCAAGGGCUAGGGGAGUGUGCUACAUGGCCUCUCCAAGGGCUGUUUCAGCUCAGUUUUCUAUGACUUUUUAGCAAAGAAAAUAAACCUUUAUUCUCAGCAUAAGUCUGUUUGGCUAUCCAGACAAAUUUUUUUUUUUUUGCACAGAAGAGGUCUGGUAUCCUUUGGCUUGUGAAACAAGCAUUGUAAACUGCCAACCAGUAGGAUUACUGGUGGCACUGUCUGAAUUUUCAUGGCUCUCCAUCUCAGGGCCCCCUGCUGAGGGUGAGGGACCGCAUCUCUUGAUUUUGCUGGUAACACCUCAUGUGUAACCAGGGGAUGGUAGAGAGCUGCUGAGAGAUCUGCAUCCCCAAGGGAGAAGCUGGACUGCAAUACAUGCACCUGCAUCACCUUCCCAUGUGCUGGACACUGCUUGCUCCUCUGGGCCUUGGGGAUGUCCAUAACUGCCUCUACAGGACAGCUGAGGAACUGAGAGCACAGGCCUGUUUCAGAGCAGGGUCUGAAUGGGUACAGUGGCCCAGCUGGGAGAAAAGGCAGAGCAGGUGAAGGAGGAGAGAGCUGCAAGAGCCACGGAGCAUGAGACACCCAGCCAGCUGGCUGAUGUGUCAGGCAGAAGAACACCUAAUACCUCUUUUAGGCUGGCCUAUCCCAAAUGUGCCAGGGGAGAUAAAACAGCUGUGCCUUGUUUCUCCUGAGAAAUCUGACUAUUUUUAUCUUCUGGUAUAAGGGCAAGGAGGCAACUUGUCAGGAAAAGGAAGUCACUGCCUCCUCCAGAGCUCAGUCACUUCACUUGAACUCCAACAGCGGGAACAGCCCUGGGAGUGCCACUUGCCUUAGCUUUCUGCAGCUGAUUUCAGGCUUUCGCUAUUUAAAGUUGCAUUUGGUAAAUGUUCCAUGAUUUAUUUUGUAACAUACCAUAUGCUAUAUCCCUGUACUGAAUGAAUAAAGAGAAGACUGGGUGCAGAUGAUCUUAGUU